GAUGACUAAUCACAAUUACUCCGGAGAGAAAAUAACAAACCAAACUUCUCCAGAGAGAGAUGUAUAUCAUCGCGUUUUUCAUCGGCCAUAGUCGCCGUACAUUUCUCUCCGAUAGUAAUUCGCACUAGAAAUCCAAGAAAAACCAGAGAGAUUUUGCAAAACUAAAAGAUGAGCGGCGGCGGCAGCAGCAAUGGUGGAAGCGGAACCCCACGCACUAGGGUUGGAAAAUAUGCAAUGGGAAGAACAUUGGGCGAAGGUAGUUUUGCAAAGGUGAAAUUCGCUAAGAAUGUUGAAAAUGGUGAUUGCGUUGCCAUUAAAAUCCUUGACAAGAAUAAAGUCCUCCGUCAUGAAAUGAUCCAAAUGAUUAAAAGAGAAAUUUCGACAAUGAAGAUGAUUAAGCACCCUAAUGUUAUACAGCUUCAUGAGGUUAUGGCAAGCAAGACAAAAGUAUACAUUGUGCUUGAAUAUGUUGAUGGUCGUGAACUCUUCGACAAAAUUGCUCACCGUGGAAAAUUAAAGGAGGAUGAAGCAAGAAGUUAUUUCCAACAACUGAUCAAUGCUGUGGAUUAUUGCCACAGUAGAGGUGUUUACCACAGAGAUUUGAAGCCUGAAAAUUUGCUUUUGGAUACACAUGGUGUUCUUAAAGUUACAGAUUUCGGAUUAAGCACAUUUUCACAAGAAUCACAGGAUGGUCUCUGCCACACAGCCUGUGGAACUCCAAAUUAUGUUGCGCCUGAGGUGCUUAAAGACAAAGGCUAUCAUGGUUCAACUUCCGAUGUAUGGUCUUGUGGAAUCAUUUUAUUUGUUUUAAUGGCUGGUUACUUUCCUUUUGAUGACUCAAAUAUCAUGGCUUUAUACCGAAAAAUCUACAGAGCUGAAUUUUCAUUUCCUGGAUGGUUUUCAUCAAGUUCGAAGAAACUUAUUAAGCGUAUCCUUGAUCCUGAUCCUGCUACUAGGAUUACAAUUCCACAAAUUUUAGAAACUGAGUGGUUUAAGAAAGGGUAUAAGCCACCAAAUUUUAAGCAGGACGAGGAGGAUAUAAGCCUUUCUGACAUUGAUGCAGUUUUUAAUGAUUCCGAGGAGCAUUUGGUAACAGAGAGAAGAGAAAAACCUGUAUCGAUGAAUGCAUUCGAACUUAUUUCCAAGUCUCAAGGUCUAAACCUGGGCAAUUUGUUCGAGAACCACCGAACGAAUUCUAUAAAGAGAGAAACGCAUUUUACUUCUCAGUGUCCUGCUAAUGAGAUAAUGUGUAAGAUUGAACAAACGGCUAAACCUCUUGGUUUUAAUGUUCGCAAACAAAAUUAUAAGAUGAAGUUGCAAGGUGAUAAAACAGGACGAAAAGGCCAUCUUUCUGUUGCUACAGAGGUUUUUGAGGUGGCUCCAUCUCUACACAUGGUGGAGCUUCGAAAGACUGGUGGUGAUACACUGGAAUUUAAACAGUUCUACGAGAGCUUUUCAACUGGAUUAAAAGAUAUCGUCUGGAAAGCAGAAAAAAUACCGGAAGAAUCAAGUUGAUCCAUUUGUUAGUCGGGCUUGCUGUCACCCUUCAUUGUAUACGUACUCUAUAUAGGAUAUGGGAUUGUCGAAGAGUUGUCCCUUUCGUAUAAAUGAUACAUAUAGUAGGGUGGGGAAAGAAAUCUAAAACUUGAGUCUUUGCCGGUUGGUUGAUUUUUCUUCUUUUUCUUCCAAAGCUAAUCGGUGAUCAGAUUAGAUUUUAGAGAGGUCUUCUGUUUAUGUUUCCGUGUGAAAGUAAACAUAAACUAUUGAUGUAUAAUGAUAAGAUGUAAUCUUGUGAAGGCAAUGAUUAUGUGGGUAAAUAGGUAUACCAAUCUUGGCAUUCGGCUGAUGCA